UUGGACCCCGUUAGUCUGUAGUGAAUAGCGAUACGUUACUGAUCGGCCGUCGAGCGCGUCGUUUUUCGCCUAGAGGUAGGCUGUGAAUGUCAUUCGCGACCUGCCCUAAAAUCCCCAGAGGAAACGGUCAGGAGGGCGCCGCGCGUGUGUGUGGACAGGAAAUACUUGUGGCAUUGGGUGUGUGCAGGUGUGAAAACUUUCCACCAGCAGUGUCUAGCUGCCAAGGCAAGAGGAAAACAAGAUUUUGUUUAGCCUACUUGGAUGUGCCUGGCCGUUGUACAUUGCUUUGUGCCGUGAAUUAUGUCAAAUUAUUGUCGUUACUGGUAGGCCUAGUGCCGGGGUUUAUCUUGGUACGAAAUGUAGCCUACGCAGAAAGCGUUCGAUUACAAUGGAUAUAUUGCGGAUUACUUUAUGCUGGAUACAGUCGCAAGGAUACGGAUAGCAAUCGAUGCAGGAUUUCUUAGUGAAGGGCAGCAAUGAUUUUUGGCUGCUAGGCGACGAUGGAUUUACAGUUUGCUACGAUUAUUGAUUUACGAAUGGUUCCUUGGAUAGGAAAAGCUCCCUACUCGAGGAUAUAAGGAAGAAGAAAUGUACGUGCUAGAAGAAAGACCACCAGUGUAUGGUGACGUAGAGUGAAACAAUUCUGUGGAAAAUAAAAAAAAAUCAAGAUACCAAAAAGCAGCAAACAAAAGAAUGUACAAAACGUUAUUGAGCAUAUCGAGAAUUUCAGAGGCUCAGGUGGUAUGAGAGAUAGGGUCCUAGUGGGGCAGUGUGAUGGAAUCUUAUAGUGAUUAGUGUGAGUAAAUGAUAGAUUAAUUGCUGGAUGAGUAGUAAUCAAUUGAAUUACAGCCAUCUGAUGGAGUCGUUCAAUUUUGUCUGGUUCGAAAUGAUGUAAGCUCAACAUAAAAGAAAAAAGAACCAGUGUCGAAGUUCAACAAAGCAAAAUCAGUGCUAGUGUGUGGAAAUAAAAAAUCCUAGAGUGAAUGAAAAUGUCACGAUUCACGAAAGGAUGUGAUAAUAAUGCAGUGGAGUAUUAUAUAUAACGAGAAGCGAAGAAAAAGCAAUUUCAGUGAGGAGAACGAAUGUUUCUUCCAAGUGUGAAAAUGCCGUCAAUGAUCGAGUAGCGUGACCAGCAUAAUCAUGUUGAUAUCGUUGGUAAUGAUAAUUCCACUAUUCGCCCCCACCAUAUCCGGUGGCGGCGGUGGAGGCAAUAGUGAUGAAAAUGAUUCCGUAAAGAAGACGACUUCGCGCGUUGUGCAUAUUAAGUACGGUUCGGUGUCUGGUACAAUCGAACAUUUGGAAGGCAGGCAUCUGGAUCCAGUGGAAGCAUUCCGUGGGAUCCCUUAUGCUUCCCCGCCAGUUGGCACCCUCCGUUUUAUGCCACCGGUUACAGGUGCUCUCUGGUCCGGAGUGAAAAAAGCAGACAGAUUCAGUCCCGUCUGCCCACAACGUCUUCCAGACAUUGCCAACGAAACGGCGGCACUGGAGCGGAUGCCUCGUGGUAGAUUAGAAUAUUUAAAACGACUCUUACCAUACCUUAAAAACCAAUCAGAAGAUUGCCUGUACUUAAAUAUCUACGUCCCAACUCAAGCCGGUGCACGGGAGAGUUCCGGUACUCAAAAGUAUCCAGUGAUGGUGUUCGUCCACGGGGAGUCGUACGAGUGGAACAGUGGGAAUCCGUACGAUGGAUCCGUACUGGCCAGCUUCGGGCAAAUUUUAGUAGUUACAAUCAAUUACCGAUUAGGAAUAUUAGGGUUUUUAAAUGCCAAUAUUGACCGGUUCUCGAAAGCGCCGGCCAAUUACGGUCUGAUGGACAUCAUUGCGGCUCUCCAUUGGAUCCAGGAAAACAUCGAAGGCUUCGGGGGUGACCCGAGGAGCGUCACUCUGGCCGGCCAUGGAACUGGAGCCGCGUGUGUUCAUUUUCUCAUAGCAUCGGCUGCCGUGCCGGAAGGUCUGCUGUUUCACCGGGCAAUCCUGAUGUCGGGAUCUGCACUGGCCCCGUGGUCUCUCGUCGGCGAACCGGCCAAAUUCGCUGCGUAUGUUUCGCACCACGUAAAUUGCUCACCGGAUCUACCUCAUCAGAUGCUGCUCAAGUGUUUGCGAGACAAGCCGCUCUCAGAUAUUAUGUCGACGCCGGUUCGAGCUCCGGACUUUGGAAACGCCUUCGGGCCCAGUGUCGACGGGGUCGUCAUCGACACUGGUGAAAUACAGCAAAUGGAUGGAUCACAUUACAGCGAUUACAGUGUGCCCUCGGCUCCGAAACCGUCAGCUCAUCUACACAACACGCUCAACACGAUAAACGCAAUUCUUCUGAGAAAAUUAGCUAUUAACAAAUUGUCCAAAUACGACAUGCUGGUUGGAGUUACUAGGGCGGAAGCCUAUUUUGUCUUCAACUCGGAAGACGUUCAGUAUGGCAUCGAGGCCGACCGAAGAUCGAAGAUACUGAAGAAUUAUGUCAAGAGUACCUAUAGCUAUCAUCUGAAUGAAAUACUGGCAACGAUAGUAAACGAGUACACCGACUGGGAGCGCCCCAUCCAGCACCCCAUAAAUAUACGGGAUGAAACGCUGGAAGCAUUGAGUGAUGCCCGCAUUGUGGCACCCGCAGUGCAAACCGUUGAUUUGCACUCGGCCGACCACAGAAACUCGUUCUUGUACGUGUUCGACUAUCAGACCAAAUUCGGAGAUUUUCCACAGCGACAAGGAUGCAUCCAUGGGGAAGAUCUACCAUAUCUGUUCGGUGCACCGCUGGUCGGAGGAUUCAACCACUUCACCAGAAACUACACGAAAUCCGAACUGGCACUGUCGGAAGCGGUCAUGAUCUACUGGUCCAACUUUAUCCGCACUGGGAACCCAAACGAGCAACUGGAGAAUGACCAUGUCCGGGAUAGGCAGAGAUUUAAAAACAUCGAAUGGACACCGUACGAGAGCGUUCACAAAAAGUAUCUGAAUCUAGAUACCAAACCGAAGCUGAAAAACCACUACCGGGCACAUCGGUUGUCGUUCUGGCUAAAUCUGGUGCCGGAUUUGCAUAAACCCGGUGGUGACGAUGUCCCCAGUUCACACCAUGAGCUCGAAGAUGAUGAAGAGGAGUCCGUUCCGGUGCCGACAGUAAAACCGCUAAAUCCUCCCCUGCGGGAUCCCUCGAAUGCCAAUUCGAAUUAUUCCUUUUUUACCACACAAGUGUUUUCGCUGUUGAAUUUAUCCACUUACGGGAAUAACAAUAGCAGCAACCGCCAGAACGCUCAUAAGCCGAUUCCGGUGACGGCAGAAUCCUCCGAAGGGACAGAAGACGAUGGUAGUGGUUCAUCCCAGGAGGACGGUUUCGCUGCCUACAGCACUGCCCUGAGCGUGACGAUAGCAAUCGGAUGUAGUUUGCUAAUACUGAACGUGCUGAUUUUUGCUGGCGUUUACUACCAGCGUGACAAAACGAGGUUAAACGAACCGAGAAACAACAGUAAGAAGCGUAACGAAAACGGCCAGAUGCCGAACAAUAUCUGUGGGGAGCUGGAAAGCCUCACAAUUCAUACAAAGAGCGAUCCGUCAACAAUACUAGGUCAUCACCAUGCCUUACAGCAUCACCAGAUGCCACCUCCGGAGUUUGCAGAUCUACCACAGAGGGCGCCUCCACCUCCCAAGCACAUCAAAUCAGUUCCAGACGGGACUAUUCUAUCGCAACAUGCGCUUCAGCUAAUUGGUAGCAAUUGUGGUACACUGACGAAGAAGAGUUGCGUCAAGUCUAACCUUGCUACCUCUAAUCAAGCCCAGAGUGCGAUGGACGAAUUGCGGGUGUGACGUUAAGUAUCCUUUGCCAUCGAGGAGCAAUCUCGAUGUGAGCAUCAGCACCUGCACCACCAUCAUCACCAUCAUCAUCAUCACCAACAGCACCAAAAGCAACAACCACAGGAGUCACCGGGGCACACUUCCGAACGGCACGAACAACAGCUUUAGGAGCGACCCGCAACGAGAUGCACGACAAUGGCGCCAAUUGGUCAUGCUUCCUUGAUUUCUGACAUCUUCUGUGGUCUUCCGUUGGCACCCUAUGCGCAAUAGAUCUGAGCACGCCGCUGUCCAUCUCUCCAUCCCCCCAGAGGCGAAAUUCUUCCGUAAUGGCAGGAAAGACUACAACAACGGUUCGGUAGUCAGCCAAGCCAUCUCUUCGCAGCCAUCGCCCUCGUGUUCCGAGAUAUUGGUUCGGCUCGUGUUUCCUCGGGUGCGGUCGAAGGGUUCUUCAUUGUUAUCGGGAAGAAUGAUUGAUGAUGGCAUGUUUUCGGCAGAAGUAUUAUGUACCGUUAUUGUUUGAAUAUAGGACCAAAAGACGUCAUAAAUUUUUAGGAAAAAUAAUAAUAAGAACCAGAUCCUGUACAUAAUGAACUUCUUCUUACGGUGUAAGCGAAAAAAACGAGAGGAAGAAUGAUAAGAGGGAAAAUAUGUUAUUUGAUGAUGUGGUGUAAGUGAAAACAUUUCAACUGUUAUAUUUUUGGACGAAGGUUGGGCAGCAAACAGACGAGUUUUAGUAAAAAAAAAGUAUUUCUGUGAUGACAAUGACGAGAGAGGGUUUGACGCAGAAAAUCCUCAAAGUGGAUUGUGUUGAGCUUCAUUUUUUUGGUAACCCAGGCUGAAGGAUUAUUUUUUGGUAAGCAUUACAUGAUUUAUUUGAUCCGUAACGGUUUUCUAGGAUACUUAGAACUCGGAUGAAACUCGUAUCGUACAAAUUAGGACAUUUUGAUUAGGGUGGAAGGAACCGUCAGAAGUUUUUCGCUGAGUUCAACAAAACAGCGUCAAAGCAGAAAAAAAAUUAGUGGAAAAUUUUAAUCGUGUUAUGCACAAUAAAACCCAUCAAUCAAGAUUAUGUUCAGUAGGAGAGAAAGCGAUCACAGAGCAAGCGAGAGUUUGUUGAAUUAUUAUUUUUCACAGAUUUUAUAGCAUUUCUUAAGACUGAAACUUUAACGUGGAAAUGAAUAUUUUAAUUAAAGGCGAAAAUAAGGACUAGUUUAAUGUAGUGCUGACGAAGAAGUGCAAGAAAACUUCAUUAGAAUAAUGCGAGGAAGUGAACACUAGAGAAAAUGAAGAAACUUGUUUUCUUCAUUUGGAUGGGAAAUUUCUCUAUCCUUUUUUAACUAUAAGUAGCUAUUAAUAAAAGAAGAGCGAAGAAAAAACUUCACUCGAAACUUAUUUUUCCGAUUUCUACCGGAAUGAAAUUCUAGGCACACAAAGAAAGAAAAAAAAAUGAAACCUCUAUGUAGUUGAAGUCUUCUCUGCAGGCGAAAUUGGAUUGAUAAAAUCUACCAAACCCAGUCACAAGAAAGCAAAACGAAUUAAGCCAAGGAAAAUCCAGCACAGCCCAAAAGAAUUACAAACACAAGAAACUGAAUCCACAGGAUAAAAACUGGAUGAUAUUAAACCAUGCCCUCUGUAUUUGUACAUAGCACAGUCCCUCUAAUGAGCUAAUUGAAACUAUUAAAAGGCAAAUUCACACGAACACACUGAGAAGGAAAUCGAAAAAGUUAAAAACACAGAAAACUUCUAGCAUGUAUGAGACUCACACAAAACACAAAUUGACAGAAAGUUAUUUAAAAAAAAGGAAAUAAACGAAAAUGAAGAAAA